GGGAGGGAGAGAGAGCCACAGAGAGAAGCCCAUUGGCAGAGAGCUCACCUGACUGCGGACACGGAUUUGUUUUAAUCUGCGCUGCAGCGCGAGCUCGGCUCUGUAACAGUGCGCGUGGAAGGAAGCCACGCGCGCGCUUCACAUUAAAUAGACGCGCGUGACGAGCGUUUAGCGACUGCAGCCACGGCCGUCGAUAUGAGCCGCCGUUUCGGGGUGAUCGGGGGCUACGAGACCGCGGCCGCCUUACUGGUGAUUAUUGUCGCCUCGCUGUCAGUGUGGGGCGCGUUUCUCAUUUACCGAGCCGUUAAAGGUCAACGAAGGAAGAGGGGCCGCGAAGAGAACACGAGCGAAACGGAAAAGGAAGCAGCGGGACGACGAGGAGAAGGAGAUGAAGAUGACUGGAGCAAGUCAACAGGAAGUGAUGAUGGAGGCUCUGAGGACUGGGAUGUUGAUUCCCAUGAAACGGUUAUCCUGUCUCCUGAAAACCAUACACAAACACCUUCAGACCUUCCAGAGGAAAACCUGGAAAAACCCACCCGUGAGGAUGUGAAAGAACCUCCUGCUGAACCUGUAACUGGUUCCGAUGUUGGUGACACCACUGGAACUCUCCAGGAUCGUAUGAAAUGCACGCAUGAUGGCUGUGAUACUGUUCAGAGUUCUAGUGCGCAGUCAGAUUUGUUUGAUCAUCAGGAUAAUGGUAGCAGACCCUCUGAAGAAAAGCCUGAGAAUAGUGUGAAGGAGAACGCCUGCGAUGACGAGUCUGAGAUGGAACCGCAUGUAGACGUGGAUGAGCCGUCUGAAACGGAGAGCGCCCAGGAGAUUUUGGAAGCUAAAAAUCUCCCUGUUGAAAAGUCCCAGUCUGUGGAAGAUCUGUUAGACAACACGCUCUUAUCUCAAGAAAUUGCCAACAAACCCAAUGAGGAGGAGAUCAUUGUAAAUAACUCGGUGUUGGAUAUUUCUUCUUCUGACGGCACAAGUUCGGAUGCUCUGCAAAAAAAGACAAAGAUGGAAGACACUGAGAUUGCAACCAAAGCGUUUGAGAGGAGUAUUCCUCAGAUGAACGACAUUGACUCCUACUGCUAUGACGGACAGUCUGAUCUCUUGAGUAAUUUGGCAUCGGAGAAAGUCCAGCCUAAGAAAGAUGUCAAAAGCCGUCAGGACUUCGGUGACCGCCUCAAUAGCUUGCAGACAACGGUGGGCAACGUUGAUGACCGUUUGGCCACUCGGCAGCAUCUGAGCAGCACGUUGGACGAUAUUCUCACCAAUCCACCGCAGAACUACCUGGGCUUUGCUGUGCCUGGUUUGCAAGGGGAUUCAUUAGCACCUCUACAACUCAAGGAAUCGGUCAAAGAUAGAACAGAGGUCACACCGGCAGACGUGAUCCAGAAGAAGAAUGAGAUCAGCAUUAUGGAGGCCAUUAUGGACAGCAAUGAGUGGCUUAGCACUGGACCACCAGACACCAGAGAUCUGCCCUGGUUAACUCCGACUCCGAGUAAGACUGGUUACGGACUCAAGCUCGACGUUUCUCAUUCUCCGGUUCCAGCGACCGACGGUUCUGGACUUCCUGCCGAAGAGACGACGUCACACCGAGACAAGACAGACGUCCCACACGACACCACCACCGGUGUGGCUAAUAAUGAAGGAGAUCUUUUGAAUAAGAAAGUAGGAAUGGUGUUGCCAAUGCCCCAGCUUGUACAAGUCAGCUUCAGAGUGCACUACAUCACGCACUCCCCAAACCAGAUUCUGGCUGUAACUGGGAACCAGCAGGAGCUGGGGUCCUGGGAGAGCUUUGUUCCUCUGAGGAGUGUUGAGAAUGGGUUUUGGUUCUGCACUAUCGGUCUCCCAUUGGACAGCCAGGUUGAGUGGAAGUUUAUCCUGGUAGAGGAGGGAAAGAUCCGGCGCUGGGAGGAGUGCGAAAACCGCUAUUUUGCAGUGACUGGGCAAGAGGAUGAGAUUCUUCUCAAUAAGAAUUGGGGGUACGCGUGAAACAAAAACAUAUCAGUGACAUUCUAUAUAGCAAUAAUAUUCAUCACAGGUGCAUUAUUUCAAACGGAUGUUAGCAUAAAUAUGAUGCAUGAGGCUGUGAUACUGUUAAUGUAGCAAUAAUAAUAAUAAUACCAAUAUGCACAUUUUCACCUUCAAUCAGUGAAUAGCUUGUACGUCAGUUUGGAUAUGCUCGUGUUGGCGGCGUUUGUCCUGUGGCUCUUUAACCAGCAAUAACGAUAUUUCGGUGUCCUACACUACUCAGAGAAAUGGUUUAUUUUCCAGUGAUAUGUCUGUUCUAGUUGUUAUCCAAUGUAAUUUUGCCAAAUAAUUAAUUAUAUGCAGGGAUGGAAAAUACUUGAGUAAUUGUACUUCCUUUCCAUAGUUGAGUAUUAUUUUUGAGGUCUUUAUACUUUACUUGGACGUCAUCAAAGUUGAAUACUUGUUCUCUUACUUAAUUACAUUUCCAAGAGGGGGGGGGGCAUACUUUUUGCUCCUUUUGUUUGAUCAGAUCUUCAAAGUACUUCAAAGUUACAAAUCUCUGAGGUCUCUUCUCUCAUCCAGCCGUCAGCUGUACGCUGUAUAGACAUCAGACGGCCUGGAUUGAAUCUAUUAAAUAGCUAUAAUGUGGUUAAUGCUACAGCUGGGUGUGGAUCAGCCCCCAGAAUGCCGUGUUGAACGUGAGGAUGAGCACCCCUAGCCCUACCUCAGUAUUCAUUUAACUAGGCAAAGUCUCGUAUCAAAUCAAAAUUCUCUUCGCCUCUCAAAAAGGCAUGAACGCCAUCUAAUUUAAAAAGGGGAAUAAAUAAAUAAAUAAAUAAAAAAUAGAAGACUGUUGAUGAAUGUUUUGCCAAUUUGCUAAUGUUAACCGGCUCAGUUAGCUUGAUUUCUUGGUUAAUGCCAGGGGAGACUCGUAACAUUUUUUUUGGCCAAAUCAGAUUCUAGCUAAUGGUAAAUAGUGGUUGUUUUUUUUAAACAAUUUUCUCAAAAUUUGCAAUGGAAUCUGAUGAGAUUUUUGUGGGGGGUUUUUUUUGAUUGUUUUUUUUAAUAAAACGGAAAGCUACAUGAAUUGGCCAAAUUGCAAUUGGACGAGAUUGUUCUGCGCGGUCUUUCUCAGUGAUAUUUGUUGGUAAAUGAGACCUUUUUAGCUGUCCUCCCGUUCAACGCACGUGAAUCGGAGAGCGCUUUGCUUGAACGCGCGUCGUGUUGACCUCGCGUGAUGCGUCUUGGCCCGAAUCCGUGGGAAAUUUGCGGUACCUUUUUUGAAAAAUUGCGAGCUCGUGCGAAUAUUGCGGCGUCUUGCGUUCAUCUCCGUGAGCGCGAAAUCCCGGGGGGGGUGGGGAGCGAUACGGUGCGUGAUGAGAACGUAGGAAAUCGUUAGUUGCUUUUAAAUACUCGAGGACAUUUAAAAGCGGCAACUUUCUGACUUUCACUUUAGUGCGUUUUUGGCAAGAUUAAGUAAGGUUUCGACACAUCAUCCAUCAUUUCACUCGAGUAUAAUUUCUCAGUACUUUUCCCACCCCUGUUUAAACACUAGAUUCUUCUGUAUGUACGCUUAUCACGAAUCCUUAUUUGUAACCGAGCCGCAUCAGUAGUUCUGGAGUAUGCUAAUCAGCGUUUGCACAAAAUUGCUCAGUGCUGGAGUUUUUCUUCAUGUCGCAACCUUGUGAGCAAAUCAGGUCUGCAUGUCCGCGUUGAUGUUUCUGUCGUCGGGGAACGAGCGGUAUCGAGGCUGCGGAUCAGCGGCGAGCGACACGCGCAGCCGGAUCCCUUUUCUCAUGGUUUCCUCAGCAACCUGGCACCACAGUGACAUUCUGCCUGCUGUCUGGUUUCAUGUAAGAUCACUGCUAGCUAGAUAAGCUCAAAGUCACGUCUGCGCAAUAGUUCCUUAGUACUUCUGUUAGUAUCGGAUGAACCGAGGAUAAAGGAAUAAAACAAAAAUACACGGGCACACUUAACGAGCGUGGAUACGAACCGGAGAGACGAUUAAAACGGCUUUUAACGAGUACUCAAACCGGAAAGGUAGUCCCUGAGCGAGCGUUCUAGCUCCGCCGAGUGUCCGUGUGAAUUCGAGAUGAUCUGAACGACUUGGCCGUGUUUUCUGAUGCACUUCCUGCUGCUUACCGAUUUGAAUGCGAGUGAAAAAUGUUAGUCUUGCACUGUACUUCAAUGGCUUUAAAAUAUAACAAAUGAUGCAUUUAUUUUAUUACCACAACUUUGCCUUAUAAACACUCACGAUGUGCUGCAGUUCGUGUUUAGUCGCUGUGUUUAAUAUUAUAAAUACGUGUGUUUAUGUAAUCAUCCGAUACGUGUUUUAAACGCAAUAAAAUAAAAUGACUUCAGCUAUG